AUGGCCUUUAUAUGCGCUGGACUAGUAACAAUCGAGGAAGAGAGCGGCAUAAUUCGUCUGAUUCACUACACUACACAUGAAUACCUUGAGCGGACACGGGAACGGUGGCUUCCAGAUGCAGAAUCUUCAAUUACGAUUAUAUGCACUACAUAUCUAUCAUUACAAGACUUUGAUACUGGGCCUUGCGAACCGUGUACCCUCGAGGAGCCUGAUCCAGGGAUGUGCUACGAUAAUUGCGAAUACCAGAAGCGACUGCGACUUUUUCCUCUCUAUGGUUACGCUGCGAAUUACUGGGGGCACCACGCCCGUGCAUGCGUACAACUAAACGAAGAAGUUAUGAACUUCUUAAGUCGUCAAUCCAAUGUGGGGGCGUCAGCUCAAGUGCUAAUGACGCACUGGUCAUUUCGUGGCCGUUGCAAAGGCUUUCCAACGGAGAUGACCGGGCUACACAUGGCAUCUCACCUUGGUAUUUAUGAAGCCGUAAAUGCUAUCCUAAAAUACGAGGCGCUUAUAGACCGGAGAGAUAGCCAUGGCACGACGCCACUAUCAUAUGCCGCUAGCGGCGGUCAUCAAGACAUUGUUGAGUUGCUACUCGCAACUGGCAAGGUUGAUCCUGACUCUGGGGAUAAAGACUUCAGAACGCCGCUGUUAUAUGCCGCCAUGGGUGGGCAUGAAGACGUUGUUAAGCUGCUGCUUGCAACUGGCAAGCUAGCAAGGCUUAUUCAGUCGCUCAGCGUUCUGUUCAUCGCGGCAGAAGCUGAUCUCCAGCGCCGCGCCACUCCGUUGAGUGCGGACAAGAAGGGGUGCCAAACCAAUACUCACAACUGGUAG